AUGUCCCCAAGGAGUUUCCUUUACUACAAUAGGCAGCCCUCGGCCUCGACCACACCUUCAUCCUCUCCCUCCUCUUCGUCUCCCACGCCCAAACCGACCAGCAACAGCCACGCCGCCAGCUCCAGUUCGAAUCCCGUCCAGACGACGACCGCCCCGAUCAACACCUCCAGAACGGCUCUGCCUUCUGCCCUGCUGGAUCGGAAAAAGGAUGCUCAGAACGUCUCUGUCACCGUCACGCCUAUCCCUACUACUUCCACUACCACCUCAGCUACCAUGGCCAAAAGGAAGGAUGCUCGCCGCGAAACGUCUAAGUUGGCGCCGUCGAGCCCUCCUCGCACAACCACCAGCGUAACCACGAGGCCGACCACCCCGACAACGCCGGUCCAGAUUCCCUCGAAAACCAAGUCAAAUCCGUUCCACGCCUCUCAUCGCCAUGCGCAACGGAAAACCUCCCGCCCAAGGGAUGUGCACUCGCCGGAUGCCGUCCCGCCUGCCAUGUUGGCCCUUCUGGCCGUCACUGAUAUCCCCAGGCCCCGGCGGAGCUUGAAGCAGAGGCUCGCCAGGGACCAGCCCAUGACCCUCGAAGCUGUUAUUGAGAGACAGCAAGUAUGCGAAAAGGAGCUGAGCCUCACUUUUGGCAGCAAGAGCCCGAUGGACUUGUUGCUCUCGCCACCCGAUGACCUGACAGACGACGACAUGUCAGUCAGCGACAGCGGCCUUGGCUCCGUUCUUUCCACCAGAACUGUAUCGGUGGAGUCUGUGCCUUCCUUGGGCGAUUCCUUUUCAACCGACACGUUAUCAUCCCUGGGGUCGCCUUACGGACCCAGCCCGCGAAGGAAGCGAUCCCGUCAGCCCCGACGCUCCCUGGAGCCCGUCUCGUCCCCUCCUGGUCAGCCCGAGGACCACCCGUUGUCCCGCGACCGGGUCAACGUGGAGGACCUUGACUUCAGGGUGUUUGAUGAAUCCCAGGACGAGGAAGACACCAAGUCGGAAUUCUCCUUUUCCGACUACACAUUUCCUCUUCGCCCCCUCAAGUCGGCCUUCAAGUCCAACCUGACGGCAUCGCUGCGCGCACUGCGCUCAGCUGCGCGGUCCAUCUCGGCCAUCAACUUCUCAUCGAUUCCGCCAGACGACUUUCUUACCAGGUCCAUUCUCACGAUCGACCCCAAGGUGCCCUACACAGACGAGCGCCGACCGCCCGUCUUGGAGGAGGAGCCGUCUGCGGCGUUGCGUCGGUACCUGAACCCCACGACCAACGCUCGGAUUGAGCCCCACCCAAACACGGCCACGCCUACGGGCACGCGAAGCUUUACUGCCUCGAUCCAGAUGCAGACUUACAAGGUUCAGAGAAGCCGCAGCGCACCACCCACAUCAACCCGGAGCCCCUCCCCGACGACAUCGGCGGGCACGACUCAGUCAACACCUUAUCAGCCCCCUACUCAAUCUCCGAACCAGACAGCAUUCACGUAUCCUCCCGGAGGCAUGCGCCAACGAGAGAUGCGGGAGAACUCGGACUUCAUUCGCAUUGCCGUCAUGGAGAUGGCGAUGCGCAAGCAGGGCAAGCUCGACGACCAACGACCAGGCCGCGCCCGCUGGGCCUUGCCUCCGCGAAAGGCCAACGUACGGGCCUACGAGGUUGGCGCCGACGGCGUCCCGGCGCGUUGGAUCCCAGUGUCGAACUGA